AUGGCUGCUCUAGCUCUUGCACUGCUUCUUUUCGCUCUCAGUGGCACUUCAAGUGCAACUUGGUGCGUUUGCAAAGAUGGAGGCGAUGCGAUCCUGCAGAAAACGUUGGACUAUGCUUGUGGAGCAGGUGCUGACUGUAACCCUCUCCAUCUAAACGGGCCUUGUUUCCAGCCCAACACCGUCAGGGCCCACUGCAGCUACGCCGUGAAUAGCUACUUCCAAAGAAAGGGUCAAACUCAAGGGUCCUGUGAGUUUGCAGGAACGGCCACUGUUACUGCAUCUGACCCCAGCACUAGCGGUUGUGUCUACCCUUCAAGUGUCAGUGCUGCAGGCACUGGUACAACACCUGUCACAACUACACCAACCAUGGGCACCACUCCUAGUACUGGAACCCCAUCUACCGGUACCGGCACCAGCACCAGCACUGGUACUACUCCAUACAGCACAACACCUGGAGUAUUAGGAGGCAUUGGCACUGGCAUGGGACCUUCGGGAUCUGGCAUGAAUGAUGAAAGUCAUGGUGGCCUUAGACUAAUGCACUCUAGUUUCUUCUCUAUCACCCUAUUCUCUGCCUUCAUGAUCUUCUGCUGGGGUUGA